CAGUUUUUCUCCAUGUUUCAGAACCAUAUAGUAGUACAGCCUUAACAAUAGAGUUCAAAAUUCUUAGUUAAGUCUAAUUUGAGAUGUGAGAAGAUUUCCAGUUUGGUUUUAGCUGUGUAAAUGUCUGACGCGCUAAAUUUAUACGAUUUUUAAUGUCUUCCUCUCUUCUAUUUAAUACGCUGACGACACUCCCAAGGUACCUAUAUAAAAUUUUCUACUUAGUCCAAGGUCUAAGAAUCCAGUUCUAUAUCUCCAAUUUACAAUUUAUGUUUUUUUAAGUCUUGUUUUUUGAUGGUUUAUUUUGAGUCCUACUCUUUUUCCUUCUUCGCUUAAAGCUGUGACCUUAUCUUGCAUAUCCUGUAGCCUGCUAGAUAAUAGGGCUACGUCAUCAGCGAAUUCCAGAUCUUCCAGCCUUUGAGUAAAGAGUCCAUUAGAUUCCUUUCCCUGAAUUAAAGUUGGCUUUUUUAGUGACCCAACCAAAUACUAAAAGGAACAGGAGUGGUGAAAGAAGACAUCCCUGCUUGACUCCUGUUGUGACUGGAAAUUCCUCUGACAGCUUGGCACAGUGGGUUACUUGGCAGGUGAAACCAUCAUAAAGGUUCUUGAUAAUGGUUAUUAUUUUAUUGGGGAUCCCGUAAUGUCUCAUUACAGUUCAGAUAGAUUCUCAGUCGACACUAUCAAAGGCUUUUUAAAAGUCGACAAUUGUUGCAUAGAGAGGAGAUUGCCAUUCGACACAUUGUUCUACAAUAAUUCUGAGUGUUGCUAUUUUGGUCAGCACAAGAUCUCCCUUUUCUGAAUCCGGCCUGUUCUUCUCUUAGGUGUUCAUUGCAUGCUCCCUUUAUUCUAUUUAGUAGGAUUCUGCUGAAAAUCUUGCUUGGUACUGACAACAAAGUGAUGCCUUACCAUUUCUCACAUUGUGAUAGAUCUCCACUCUUUGGUAUUUUUAUUAGCAAGUCCUUUCCACUCACAUGGAGGUGUUUCUGUUAACCAAAUUUUGUUGAAUAGUUUGUGCAUUUGGUCAACUAUUUAACUUCCUCCUUCUUUGAUGACUUCAGGUGGUAUGUUGUCAAUUCCAGCUGCUUUACCUGUCUUCAUUUGUCUGAGUGCAUUCCGUAUUUCUUCUUUGGUUACUUCUAUGUUUGUUGGUCCUACAUUUAGAUCAGGUGGAUUACGUGGUUUCGCCGGUAGGAUUAUAGCUUCAAGGGUCAUCGAGGAACUCAAACUAUCACACAACGGCAAGAUGGCUGGCAUAGAAAAAAUCCGCGAGGCGGAGUCCUGUACCAAGGACUUUAAUACCAGAGUGUCUGCACCAGGCGUCCUUGAAAACAACAAAGUUGUAAUAAUAGAUAUGGACGAAGUUUAUAACAUCGGGAGCAAGGUUCAGUAUCUGAAAGAAUUUUUUAUUAACGCUCUGGAGCUUCCAGGGACACUAACAGAAUAUAGAUUGUUCGGUGUGAAGGAAGAGAAGGAGCGAGAGAUUGAUGAGAACACCACAAUAGACGAUAUAUACAAAUAUGUUCUCACUGGCAGCUUCAUCAUGAAAUUUCAGAAAAUGCCUAAACAAGGCUGAAAGACAUCGCUUAUUGGAAUUUCAAUUUCUUUCUCACAGUGAGAAAGAUAAAUUUUGUAUGUUAAGUUUCCCAUUUUUUUCGUUUAAAAAAUUCUGUACAGAUACAAACAUUAAUCAAAUAUUUUAUUUACACAAUUAAAAAGCUUAUUAACUUGUUCACUACUUGAUUUAUUAUUUAAUUAUAUAACAAUAACACUUGUAGACGUGAUCAAUAUUUAUUCUGUACAAUUGUUGCAAUGAGCAAUACUGGAGAAUUUCAUCUAUUUCAAACAACUAUAGAUAACGAUUUCGUGUAUUCCAUGUACUAAAAAAGAAAGUAUUGAUUGGAUAUAUAUUUUAUCAGCUUAAUCAAUGUAAUGCACUUUUAACUGUGUAACAUCAUAUUUCUAAGGACUGUCAAUAACAGCACAAACUGAAUGCUGCUAAUUACUUGGCAGCAGUGGUAAUUUUUAUAUCAUUGACAUCGUGUGAAUUGGAAAUUAUCCCUAAUGUUGCUAUGAUAUGUUUGUCUAUUAAUCAAAUUUUUUUGCAAAUUAGAUAUCAACAUUUAAGGAUAAUUUGGAUAGUCAAUCUUUCGAUUCAGUGAAAUUAGUAUAUUGCUGAAGAAGUUGAUGUGAAACCCUUGCUGUUUGAUCCUUGGCAGCAUCCUGCUAAUAUGCCUAUAUUCAUUACAUUUUGUAUAUUGCUGAACGUUUGUGGAGACGUCACUUCACAAAACCUUGUUGGUUUCUCAUAAUGAAUCAUUUACAGCUACAACAAGCUGAUGGAAGACUAACAUGUCUCAUUCUAUUUCUAGCAAUACCUCUAUUCAAGUCACUCCUUCAUGAAGGAUAGGUGAACAGCUGAUCUCAAAAAAGCUUUAACAAUUUUCCUAGAAAUAUACUAUUUGAUGUAUAUCGCUGAGAAAAUAAUUACUAGCUCGUUGGUCAUACGUGGAAAACUCUAGUUUGACAAAAAAAAUUUCAAAGCAAAAAUAAAUAAAUUAUAUUGCUAGAGAAUAUAAUAUAUGUAGGUCUAGAACCUACACCGGUUCGGGAAUUUCCGAAUGUAAGGCUAUAUUGAUUUAAGUAUCUUCAGGAAAUUUUUCCACAUAGUCUAAUUCUAAAUGCUUAUCACUGCAAUAUUAAAAGGUGUUCUUGAUCUAGGCAUAUACAUUCGCUUAAGUAAGAUUCUUUCAGGGACAGAUAGAGAAUAAAAGGGUUAGAAAAAAAAAAUUUAAUACUAACAUUCAUUAUUUCUUAACGAAAAAACAAUCGCUCAAUAAUUGCACAAAAGGAGGUAUUGUUUUAUUUAAAAAGUACGCCCAUAGUUUAAAAGUCUUUUCUUGUUAUGCUUCAUUUUCUCAGUAAGCUUUGCACAAUUAAGUCUUUCUAAUAACAGUGAUCUAAUGAUUUGACAGAGACAUAAUGACUAUCUAAUGAUUUGACAGAGACAUAAUGACUAUCUAAUGAUUUGACAGAGACAUAAUGACUAUCUAAUGAUUUGACAGAGACAUAAUGACUAUCUAAUGAUUUGACAGAGACAUAAUGACUAUCUAAUGAUUUGACAGAGAAUUAAUGACUAUCUAAUGAUUUGACAGAGACAUAAUGACUAUCUAAUGAUUUGACAGAGACAUAAUAACUAUCUAAUGAUUUGACAGAGACAUAAUGACUAUCUAAUGAUUUGACAGAGACAUAAUGACUAUCUAAUGAUUUGACAGAGACAUAAUGACUGAAACUUCUUUCUAAGAAGUUGCGCAAAAUGUUCAUGUACGACUACUUAUUCAACUAUUAACAAGGUUACAAAAACAGUUUGUGUGGAAACACAAACUCAUUAUCGGCCCACGAAUUGGCCCACCCAAAAAAGGGAGACUCAAUAUUAUCAGAAAGAAUAUCAGAAUGAAAAUCUAUCAAAGACAAAUGACAGACAAGAAUGGAGAAAUAAUGUUGAAAGAUCGUGUGUGGUACCCCAACGGUCCAGCAGAAAAAUGGAUAAGUGAAAGUGAAGUAUAAGUUAGUUGUGAACCUGGCCUGAUUUCAUAUGAUACUGAUCUCUGCGAUUCAAUGGUAUUGUAUAGGGUCAAUCUUUAAAGCUACGUAGUAAUUGUUGUUUUAAAUUAUGUUCCACUUGUGUGCAUAUUAAAUAGAUUUUUCUCUUCCAAAAAAUUAAAAAAAAAAAAAAAAAAGAAUUUAGGCUACUUCUUAUAUGGUUAUUAUUUUUAAAAAUAUUAUAACGAUCUAAUCAAUUUUACUCGUGUGUCCAAUUAGGCUUCCCCCCCCCACCCCCCCUUUUCCAAUCAUUGCAAUGAUGUACAUAAAACUAAAUGUCUAAGAAAAUCGUCAGAGUUCUGUCAAAUUUCUAGGAAAAUCAUCAGAGUUCUUCUAAAAUUACCACUUAUACAAUUUUUUUAAACAUGUUCAACUCAUAAAGAGAAUACAUGCUAGUAGUAUUAAUUGUAAUUAAUAUCCUAAAUCAAUAGCAUAAUAUAGAUCUUGUCAUUUGAAAACAUUACGUGACUUGAAAAAUGCCUUCAACUUGUUAGAUAGUAAAUGAGCAGUAAAUUUUCCAGUAUUAAUUAAGACUGUAUUUUAAUCCUUCCUAUUUUAAUCUUUCCGUUUGAUACAAACAUGCAUUUUAUAACCAUAAAUACAACUUCAUAUAUUAAACCCUACACAUAUAUUUUUAAAGCUAAUUGUAAGCUUUAGGUAUAAUGGGAAUUGUAACACUCCAAAAUGUGUCAAUGUUAACAGCAACAGCAUUUUUUUUUCUUUAAAGUUUUUUUUUUUUAAUUUAUUUUAUUACUUUUACUAUGGAUUAUGUAAUUCCAUUCAACAUUCAAGUAUUUCUAUGUUGUUUCUUUGUUGUUGUUUUUUAGCUCAGAAACAUGACAUUUUAUACAGUGUUGGAAUUCAAGUCUUAUGAUAUUAUACAAACUUGCUCUGUCUCUAACCAAUUCAAAUAAAUCUAUGAUCUAAUAAGAAUAAAGUAAAUUAGACAGUGAAGUGUGAAUUUCCCCUUGGGCUGAAUCUUGUACGUUUCAAGUCUUCCAAGUCCACAAAAAAGUUUGGACCAGUAUGCACAAUAAAAUGAGAAUAAUAUAACAUCUAAAUAAGUUUGAAAAAGUUCCUUUUUUUGUUUUAAACGUUCAAACAGGUCUAUCUAUUAGUUUACUAACAUGGCUAGAUCUAUAUAUUAAGUAUGCAUAUUUAAUUUUUUAUAUUUUUUUUUUAAUUUUUUAUUAUUAAAGUAUUAUUAUACACAUAUUUAUUAUUUAACUUUUAUUUGACAAUUUUCUAUUUGGAAAUUAUUGAAAGAUAUUUUUCAUUACAAUAUAUUUACAUGACAUGCAUGUACAUCUUCUAUUUUUUAUUUUAUUUGUGUAUUUCUUUAGCAAAUAAUACAAAUUUUUUACUGUAACUUGUUAUUUAUUUAUUAUUAUUAUUUUAUUAUAUAUGUGAACUAAAAACAAAUGUUUGUAUUAUUCUUUAAUACAAUGCACUUUUUUAAAAAAAUAUGCAUUUCUUCUAUCAGAACAAUAAAUUCUGUAACAUAAAAAUUAAAAUAAAUUCCAUUCUUGUCCUUUGCAAAACAAAAAUGCAUAUCUUAAUAUUUUUUUUAAGUAUUAGAACUUUUGUUCCGUUUUAUUUUUAUUCAUCUAUUAUAUACAUCUAGCUACUUAUUACCAAUUUUUCAUUUACACUUUUUUUUUAAAUUGAAAUAUUUUAAUAUAAUAAAGUGCAACUUAAUGAUUGUAAUUGUUUCUACAAUAAAUGACAAAUAAAAAUG